AUGAAGGAGGAGAUUGCUGCUGCUGUGUUUUUCAUGGCUCGGCUGGUGAAGAGAUAUGGCUGUCUGGAUAAUGACAGCAGGGAGCGCUUCGCCGCUGCCCUCACCUCUGUUCUGUUUGAGAAGUACAAGAACCACUGGCACCCGAACGCCCCCAGCAAGGGACAGGCCUACAGGUGUCUGCGUAUGAACCCUGUGCGGCUGCAGGACCCGGUGCUGCAGCAGGUCUGUGAGAGGAGCGCGGUGCGUUACGAGGAUCUGGGCCUUCCCCAGGAAAUGACGGUGUGGGUUGACCCUGGAGAGGUGUCCUGCAGGUACGGCGAACACAGCACUCCCUUCUGCGUCUCUGUGGUGGACGGCUCUCGGCGUGGAGAUGGUGAAUUUUCCCGUCGCAUCCAUGAUGCUGUGGAGCGGGCAAGCCUUGAUGUCCCGUCAUGUAGCUCUUCAGAUGAGGAGGAGGGGGGAGGUGACAACAGCAUUAGCAGCAGCAGCAGCAGCUUUUCCGCUCUUUGCCCUGCACCAAUCCCACCCAUCAACCAGGAGCUCAAAACCAUCCCAACGGUCAGCAACCCCAACAGUGUCUACCGGUUCAGUGAAUUUUCUGCAGGGGCCCCUCAGACCUGGCUAAGGGACAAGCGGAAGGCCUUUGCUGGGGACGCAUUCCCAUCUCAUCCUCCUCCUCCAGCUGCAUGUCCGACCCCCCAGUUCUCCAGCCAGAAAGGCUUAAAGUCCUAUCGAGCUACAUUCACCUUUGCUGGGCCUCGUGUUGACAAGUACCAUUGGGUCAGCAAAUCCCGGUCCUAGAGUGAGCCGCGCCUUCAACAUGGAACCGCAGUCGGGUUACUGCUUGGGACGGCAGCCGUGAUGCUGGAACAAAGCACCAUAAAACCCUGUUUGCAGGGGAAAAAAGGCUUCAGGACAGUUUAUCUUUAAUGGUUAAAAGUGUCAACAAUUUAUAAUUAUGCUGUUAAAGCAUGUUUUUAAACUUUGAAAUAUUCAAGUAUUUUAAAUUAUUCUCCCUUAUAAAUGUUUUAAAACUAAAAUAAGUGUAAAUAAAGUAACAUUGAACUGUCAUUGAAAAGAAAUGUGUCCGUGUCAGCUCUGCUGUUAUAUAAAAGUGUUUUCUGUCUUCA